AUGUCUGGUCAUCGCUGGAUGCUCGAUGAGCGCCUCUGCCUCGACAUCCUCCACACCGAAUUCGAGAACACAAAAGCCGACAACCACACUCUUUUUGGUCGCAUCUUCGGUCAGCGCUGGGAGGACGCCGAUCGCAGCCCGUACACCGCUCAACGCCUGUACGAAGAACACCGCUGGCGAUGGAACCCAGCGAAGAGCAAGGACUGGGAUCGCAUCUGCAUCCCUCCUACACUUCGAACUGGUCAGCAACAAGCUGAGCGAGACCAGAUGCUCCAGCGCAUCGUCGCCGCCGCCGCUCAAAGCGGCACCAAUAACUUCUUCACCGAUGAAGUCGACGCGCCAAUUACCCUCAACGCUCCUGCUGUGGUCACGACCCCAGCAGAGACCUCGCCAACCCUUCAGAUGGUCCACACCUGCCUCGUGGACCUGGCGGUCUUCCCACCCACCUACACGCAACGGAACGUAAGCCGCUUCAUUCCCAGGGAAAGCAGGCUCUACAAGUAUGGCGGCCACGUAAAGCGUGUCGUCGAAGGCAACAAGACCUUGGACGUGAUGAUUUGCACGAAGUCGGUGUGCCUGUUGCGCCAGAACUACCACCGCGAUGCCAGCGUGAGCGAGCACAACGCCAAGGCCUUGGCAGCCCGCGCUGAGAACGCCGACCUCAUGAUCCCGGGAGAUUCUCCACUGGGCGGUCUUCCCUUCGUGCAUGUCUGGCGUGACUGCGAUCGAGAUGCAGAGCCGAACCAAGGCGAGAGGUACACCUUUUCGCCAAUCCCUCCGAAGCCAACGAUUGCGUCAGAGUUGCAGACUUGGAUCUCGGAGAUCGCGUUCGACGACUCACAGAACGGAACCGAGGAGGGAGAUGGGUGUGCUGGCUAUCGUCGGGCAGGGCUGUGCGACCCUUUCCACUGUGAUGUCUGUCGGAUCAGCGAUGAGCGAGCUGCUGAGCUUCUCUCCGGCCAAGGUCCAUCAGCACCUGCCUGA